ACUAAAUAAUUUUCAUGGUUAAAUAUAGAAUUUGGUUUCAGAACAUAAUUCAACUCUCCACAAACUUUUAUUAAUUAUAUUUAUUAUUGUCAUACUCUAUCACAUUUAACAUGUAUGGAUCCAAGAAAAUGCUUUUUUCAAUGGUGUAACAGAAGUAGCUAUGAAUUGCGUCUCUUCCAUUUUAAUAGGGUGAUACCAAAUUUACAAACACAUAGUAGUAGGUACAACCAUAAAGGAGGUAUUUAGGAUCAAAGGUAUAUCGAUCAAGUGUUUAGGGAUAGACACAGAUGGUUUAAAGGGGGAUAUUUAUUUUAUUAAGAACGCUCAAGGAUUAUUAUAAAGGACUCAAGAGAGUCUUUAAGAUUUAACUUUCUCAACUCACUUGGCUUAGAUCACAACACUCUCCAAACCUCCUUAUUUAUAGUUAAUAUCUGAUACUUAUUUUGAUAAAAAAAAAUUAUGUUAAACUAGACACGAUUGAAAAAGAACAAAUUGAUUGCGAAAACAACAUAUGGACGUGGACAACUCAAAACACCAUGUGCAAACUUGUUCAUCCUUGUAUUUUUUUCUUGAUAUAUGUUGAAUCACAAAUCUAAAAAUCUUCAUCGCUAAUAUUCUUCAGAGUAAGCCGAUCACUAUAUUGAUAACACCAUAUUUACCAGUUCAGAAAAGUCUAUUGCAAACACUAAAUCCAAAUUUUUAGGGGCCCUAAAUAUAAAACUGCGCGAUUUGUUUCGUAUAUUAAUUAUUUGUUCUCGUAGUUUCUUAUGUAUGAAUUAACUAAUAUAGAAAUAUUAUGGAUAUAACAAAAUAUUAACCUAUUUUGCAUAUAUUUAAUAUUUGAUUUUUCUAGGUGAUAGACUUUAAAUAAUAUAUAGAGUAUUUAUAGUAAAUAAUCGAUAGACUUUAAAUAGUAUGUUGAUUAUUUUCUAUAGGAAAUAAUCUAAAUCUGGUUCUAAAGGUUUAAGGUUUUCAGAUAUUGGUAGCUUUUAGGACUUCCUAAUAUUUUAGGGGUACAUAGUUUUGGUUCUUGAUCCUGAUUUCUCAAGAGUCUUUAAGUGUUAUUUUCUUCGGCUUAGAUGUUAAUUAAAGUAAACCAACUAUAUCUUAUGGUUUUAGUUUGCAUUGCAUUGAUAGUGAGUCUAAACCGGCUAUAAAUGAAAGUUGCAUUGUAUUGAACUUGUGACAAUAACAUUAUGGGUUUAGAAAGAUGUUAUAAAGUGUAAACCGUUUGUGCAAAUUACACUUUAGAAGAGAAAAUAACAAUUAACAAAAUAGGAGUAUAUCAGUACUCUUAUUAAAUAUAGAUUUUUAAAAUAAGUUUUUGAUUUUAUUUGCAAAGAUUUUUCCGAGGGAAGUAUCAUAAAAAUAUUGAAAUUAGAAUCAAAUGCAAUGUUCUAAAUACUAAUUAAUAUAGGUCUCUUAAUUUGAGCUUUUCAAGAAGCCUCUUGAUGAGCUAGAGUAUUUCGAAACCCAAUUGAACAAACCCACACGCCAUCAAGUCAGUAAAGACUGUUUCGGAGAAGACCAAAGCCAGAAACUUUUUUUUUUCUUUCCAAAAACUGUAAUAAAAAUUUACUUGGCGAGGAAGCAAAAUCAAAUCACAAGUAGAAGGAGAAGAAUCGUAGGAGAUGACAUCAAAUUAGGGUUUUGAAACCUUCAUUUUCUUUUGCGACGAUACUAUAAUCUCUCGAGAAGCGGUAUAAUACGGAAGAUCCGAGUCGGGUUUCGCGAUAUUUCAAUCGGAUCCGAUGGAGCCGUCUCCUCCCACCGGAUCCCAACCACCGCAGAAAGCUGUUCCCAGACUGGCUACAAUGGGCUGGCGAACUAUGCUGAUCUUCAAUCUUGGUCUUGCAGCUUUUAUAUUUGCGAAAAAACGAGAAAGAGACAUUGAUGUGGGCGAAAAAAUGGGAGUUAAAAAGGGUAGUAAGGGUGCGAAAAAAAGUGUUGUUAACACCGAGGUCGAGAAGAACGUUUCAGAAACUGACAAGGCUACGAAACCAGAAACUGCAGUACCGAAGAAGGAAGAAGCCAAACCGGUCCCUAAACCGGAUCCUCUGUUUGAGUUUACGGAUUCAGCAGCAGCUGAUGAGUUGGUGUUUCAGGGUGGUGCGGCGACUGAGCCUGUACAGGUACCAAGGAAACCGAUUCCAGAAGAUGAGCAAAGAGAGCUUUUCAAGUGGAUCUUGGAAGAGAAAAGGAAGAUUGAACCAAAAGACAGGAAAGAGAAGAAACUGAUCGAUGAAGAGAAAGCUGUCUUGAAACAGUUCAUUCGCGCAGAGAGGGUUCCAAAACUUCUCCCUGAUGAUUCUGUUGAUUCUUCACUUCGUGAUUGGGACAAAUUCUUCUCCUCCAAGUAGAAGAGAGAAACAUAAGACUAAUUGUACUUGCUUUACUUGUUGGUACACUCAUUGCUUUUCUUACUACAUUGAUUAUGUUGACUCUCUACAGUAAAAAAAAAAACAGCUUGAAUGCGAUCUCUUAACGAACUUUGGGUGUUAUUUCAAUUUUU